AUGAACAAGGUGAUAGAAGGAUUUAAUUUAUCCUUGAAAGCCGAGAAGGAUGCUCUAUCAAAGAUACGUGCAGACAUCAAGGUUGAUAAUGUCGAACUGUAUACUACCAUCUCCACCAAGAUUGAAAAGUUACAAGAUGAUCUUGUUAUUGAAAAUAAGAUCAUGGAUGAAUUAGCUGAGAAAACUCAGAAAACCAAGUUUUUGACUAUCAAGCUGAAGAAUGCUACCGAAAACAUUGCCCAAAUUGAAGAAGAUAGAUCUUUAGUAAAAGGAUACAAGGUGUUUCGAGAAGUGGGACUUCUGCGGAACAAAGGGAGACACAAGGAAGAAAAGAUAAAGGCUGAAAAUGAUCAGAAGGAUAAUGAAGCUUCUGGAUCACGAAAAUAUAAAGGUAAAGGUAUUUUGGAAGAAGAAAUUGAUGAAAAUGAAAACUUGACUGAGUCGGAACGAUCAGAAAUAGAUAAAAAAGACAAAGAGCUUGACGAUCUCAAUGCUCUACGGAAUAAGUUUGAAGCAGAAGAAGUUGAUGCCAAGAAUGCAAAACUUGUCCUUGAAACUCAUAAAUAUUUGUUUCUAGCUUGGUCUCCUGAACGCAUUCAAAAAGAAGCCACAGAUGAUUCAAACAUCUACUGGCUAGACCCUACAAUAUCUUUAAAUUAA